UACCUUAAAGAUUAAUUAAUAUUGUAUAGGGUGGAAACGUGUGUGUUUAUAUUUAUGUUUAACACCACACUUGUAUUAAUUACCCGGAUACGGAUGUGUCGUAAAUUGUGUAUUUCAAAAUAUUAACUUGGAAUUUUAUAUACCUGUCUUAUGACGCUAAUCAAUAGCCAAUUAUUUUAAAACGAUGGCUGAGGGUGGAACAAUUAAAGUUAUUGUGAUAGCAGUCUUAGCUGCCCUUGGAUUAACAGCUAUUUUAAUCAUAACUUCAUUUAGUUAUUUGAAUUAUUGGGAGUAUGGAUUAAAACGACAAAAAUCAACAGGAAGUGUUGAUAAAACAGAAAUAUACGACAGUGGCAGGUAUUUUGUCGGUCCAGAUUUUGAAUUUAAAGUGUUUCCUUCAGAUCUGCACUAUGUUGAAUUGGAGGAUGCAAAAAUAUUCACUUCUGAUAAACUGGAAGUUGAAGUUUCAGUUAAUUUUCAAUAUGUCAUCAGGAAAGAUGAACUAAUAUCUCUACACGAUACGUAUGAUUUGGAAUAUAAAGAAAUCAUGAAAUCUAGUGCUUUGGAUGCCUUGAAGUCCGUUUUCAGUAAUCCCGUUAAUGCAUCGGGUGCUAUAACGGUGUACACAACUAGAGAACUGAUUAACAACAGAGCCGUGAUAGAACAAACAGUUUGGAAAUCCGUCAGGGAAAGACUUGGUGGCACUUGUUGUAACAGUUACUGUGGACGUUCAAAUCCUUUAUGUUCAACAUGUAAAGUUGUUUGUACAGCCUCAGAUAAAGGAUUGAACGUUGAAGUGAAAUAUUUCCAGUUAAGGAGAAUACGGAUUCCUAGAGAUGUCGAGAAGCAGUUUAUACAGGCAUUAGUAUUGCAGGAACAAAACGAAGAAGAAAAGCUAAAACAAGACGCCGUUGUUGUAAGAAAGGAAACAAGUCAAAAGGUUCUAGUGAUAGAGAAUGAGGCCAAAGAAAUAAGCCAGAAUGCAACAGCACAGGCAACAUUGAUAGGAUCGAUUGCCCAGGCUAAUUAUACCGCCAUCUUGGAGUCGGCACGUUCAGACGGACUGAAACGAGCAUUCGUAGAAUUAAAUUUUAACCUACAAGAGCAUAAAAAUAGUUUCGAUUAUCUUCGGACAAUACGGGGACAAGAAAAUACUCAUCUGACAGUUAACUUCCAACAAAAAAUUGCAGGAAACCUCGGCUCAAACUAAAAAUGAGAUUAUUUAUUUAAAAAUAUUAAUUAAUGGCGGCCUUGAAAAAGUAGUGGCACUAUGUUUUCAAGUCUGUCUGUUUGUCCUGUGCCAGGACACUUUUUUGGAAUAAGUGAGAUAUGUUGAUGAUUUUUAAGGUAGUUAACUACGAAGUUGUAGUCACGUCAUCUUGAUAUUUAGUACAUAUAUGUUCAUUUGAUAUAAUUUAUUUUACCUAUAUACCAAAAUUAAGGUUUUCUCGUAGAUUUCACAGUAAAAUGUUUCCUUUAAAGUGAUGGUUAAAGAAUUUUUACCACGUAGUUUUGGUCACUUAAUUUCAAACUGAGUAUACUUGUUCAUAGUGAGCUUUUAUAAAUUAAUACUCAGGGUUUCAUUAUGCAUGACAUAUGUUGAUAAAAAAUGUAUCAUAUAACAAAUAUUUAUUAUUAUGAUAUUUUUUAUUUAACUACAAAAAGGUUCUUUAAAAACCUACAAACGACGUGAAACACACAUUUUUUUUGUAGAUUUAUAGUGUAUCUCUGAAAUACUAUUUUUGAUUCAUUAAAGGGUCAAAGACAACUUUUAUAAUUAUAAAAUCAUAUCAUGAAUUAAGAGAUAUAUUCAUAAAAAUAGUUGGAAUGAUCACUUUCGAAAAUUUCUACUAUUGAAAAUGUACUUAAACCAAAAAUAGCAUGUGCUUAUAUUUUCACAUCAAUAUUCACGCACAUUCAUUGUUGUUUGGCUUUGUUGAUAUCUAUUGUAUUUAAUGCCUUUGUUUUGAAAAUCACACGUUUAAAAUGAAUUAGGAGCACUUAUCGUAAGACUCGUUCAAAAGUUUAUUAUAUAGGAACAAAAGAGAGUCAUUCAUGUUUGUCAUAACAUGUUUUCAAAGGUUUAGUUGGAGUUUUUCUUAACACGUGUAUAAAACAGAAGUUUUAAAAUGUCGGUAAUACAAUUUUAAUGUUUAUUGUUGUGAAUUCAUCAAAUCAAAUCUCGAGUUUUAAAUAUUUAUUUUACAAAUUGCUGUGUUGUGAAGUCAAUCAAGUUAUAAUCUCAGGAUUUUAGUUUUGCAAGCUUCUUCUUCUUCUCUAUGUAAACGUUGGAGCACACACAGCUAGCUGUGUUCCCAUAACAGAUUAGUUUUUCAAAACCUGCCAGCUUUGGUAUGCAUAUUAGGUAUUGACACUUGUGUUGUGUCAAGAAAAAACACAACUCGUGAAUGAGUGUUCAAUUUGUAUUUUAAUUAUGUAACUUAUUUUUGUAACUUAAACUUUUAAAAGUAUACGUACAUUCUCUGAUCUUAUUUUAAUUUCUAAGAACAUUAGGUUGGCACAGAAGUAAAAUAUAAUUUCAGUACACAUAUUAGAUAGAUUAUUGUUAAUGCCAAGGAAACAGUGAUUAAUUCUUAAAUGCAAAAACUACUCUCAAGUGUCCACAUAUUUCGGUUUUAUUUGCUAAAAAUGUCUGCAUGGGUACUUUAUUAACAUUAUUUUCAACACUUCAUUUUUGUUUUCAAAAUUUGCACUUGUGCACUUUAUUUUGUCAAUGUAGGUUUAAAGAUGUUUGAGUAAUAUAUUGCACAAGAACAAAUGUUUCUAGAUACAGUUAAUUUUUUAUCGAUGAUAUACAGGAUAUUAUAUACGUAUGCAAUACAGAACAUUGCUUUUUAAUGUUGUAACAAACAUUUUGAAGAUCUUUGCCUGGUCUAUCAGUGUAUGGAUAUAUACGUACGUACGUUAUUUAUGAUUAAUUAUUAGUAGUUACCGCACCUUAUUUACACUUAACACCUUGUAAUAUGUAUUUCUUUGUUUAUUGUAUAAUGUAUAAUGUAAAUAUUAUUUUUAUAUUAUAUUUUUAUCAAAAC